GAAAAAGCAGGAGGCGGAUGAGUCGCUGCGGGACCAGCGUCAGGAAUCGGACUGGCGGCUCCUCGGCUCCACAGAAAGGACACAAUGACGGAGCCCCGACCGGGAGGCUGAGGACAGUCCUGGCCGCGUUCAGGUCCCCGCUCUGGUGGCUCCUCAGCUGGCUCUGGACCCGCAUCCUGGCCGCUGUCAGAGCCGCUGCCCUGCCCCGCGGCGUGAAGCCGCAGGAUGGCAGCGGGAGUCCGGAGCGAGGAGGCCGGGUCCAGAGCCACCACCGGCGGGCCUUUGAGUUCAUGUCCGCGGCGCUGAGGAUCGACGAGGAUGAGAAAGGGGACAAGCAGCAGGCCGUCCGGUGGUACCACCGGGGCAUCACGGAGCUGGAGGAAGGUGUCUCCAUCCAGGUGUCAGGAAGCGGUGAGACUCCUGAUCGGGACAGACGGCUGCAGAAGAAGAUGGCGGCCAACCUGAUCAUGGCCAGAGAGCGACUGCAGAGUCUGGUUCAGGUCCUGUCAGAGUCCAGAGGACAGAUGGGCGUCCACACUGCAGGGACACGGCAGACUGGUCCACUUCCAGGGACCACCUGCUCAGGUGGCGCCGUCCCCAGAACGAAGGACAUUGCUACUCCGCUUCCACCUGGCCAACCGAAGCAGCUCCUAAAGAUUCUUUCCUCCUCCUCGUCUUCCUCAGCAGGCUUCCAUCGUCCCUCCAACCUGCGUCCCUCCAGCAGCGCCAUGAAGGGACGAGCAAGUCGCCACGGCAGGAACGCCACCGCGUCUCUGAGGGCGAAAGACGGAAAACUCCCGAGGAAUGUGGACGAGAAGCUCGCUGAGCUCAUCCUCAACGAGGUCCUGGACAGCAGCUCUCCGGUGAGGUUCGAGGAUGUUGCCGGUCAGGAUGUGGCAAAGCAAGCGCUGCAGGAGAUCGUUAUUUUACCUGCUCUGAGACCCGAGCUCUUCACAGGUCUGCGGACACCUGCUCGAGGACUUCUUCUGUUCGGUCCGCCCGGGAACGGCAAGACGAUGCUGGCCAAAGCUGUGGCAGCAGAGUCCAACUCCACCUUCUUCAACAUCAGCGCCGCCAGCUUGACCUCCAAAUAUGUGGGGGAAGGAGAGAAGCUGGUCCGAGCUCUGUUUUCAGUGGCCCGGGAGCUGCAGCCCUCCAUCAUUUUCAUUGACGAGGUGGACAGUCUGCUCUGUGAACGGAGGGAGGGCGAGCACGACGCCAGCCGGCGCCUGAAGACAGAAUUCCUCAUCGAGUUUGACGGGGUCCAGUCGGGAGCUGAUGAGCAGGUUCUGGUGAUGGGAGCCACCAACCGGCCUCAGGAGCUGGAUGAAGCUGUCCUCAGGCGCUUUGCUAAACGCGUGUACGUGGCUCUGCCAGGCGAACAGACCCGCGUCCAGCUGCUGAGGAACCUUCUGGCUGAACAUGGCAACCCACUGACUCUCAGAGAGCUGAGCCAGCUGGCCAGACUGACGGAAGGUUACUCUGGCAGCGACCUCACCUCAUUGGCUAAAGACGCUUCCCUGGGACCAAUCAGAGAGCUGCGACCAGACCAGGUGAGGAGUGUGGAGGCCAGCCAGGUCCGGAGCGUUUGUUUCUGGGACUUUGUGGAGUCUCUGAAGAAGAUCAAGAGGAGCGUCGGUCCACAGACUCUGGACUUCUACGUCCGCUGGAACAAGGACUUUGGAGACACAACGGCUGUAUGAAAACCUCGAUUACAGGAUUCUUUAUCUGGACUCGUCCAAAGAUUCUUCUGGAGUUUCCGACUGACGUGUUUAUCGGAAGGAAAUAAAACCUCACUUUGCAUAUAAAACUGAUUUCCCAGAUUCGGAGUCAGAAUUUGAAUAUUUUACUCGUUUUAACUCGGCUGAAACGAACCCAUCUCAGGAUGGAGCUCAGUACCUCCACCCGGAUGGUCCGGUCACUGCUUUACCUCCAACCACAGUCCUGAUGUUUGCUGAGGAACAGAACCCACUUUGGUUCAAAGGUUUACAGUCCUGGUCCAGAGUCAGCUGAAGCUGUUUCUGUCUGGUGGGUCCUCGUCUCCUCUCUUCACUCCCUUUUUUCUACUUACUCCCCCAACCCCCGGCCCCCCUUUGUAACUUCCAGCAUUAAUAUGUAAAUUCAUCAUUAGACAAAUCUAAUAAUAAAGAAUGAUACUUAAAUUA